UACCGUGAGAAGCUAGGGUUAGGAGACGAGUCAGUCAGACCCUCUCGUUUGGCGCUGGACGGCGAGCGUCGGGCGGCGAGCGGCGGGCGGCGGGCGGCGCCGGUGAUUCCUCUCUGGUGAUUGUCCCGCUAAGUGGCAGCCCUGCUCCGAGCGUUCCGUGCUGGGCCGGCGGCCAGCGAGCGGCGCGGCUGAUACCUCUCCGGCGAUUGUCCGGCCAGCCGUGCUCAAUCCCCAACUGGAUUUGGGCCCCUAGAUUGGGCUAGAUUUGCAAAGCAAACAGAGGAGGCGAGUAGCUCGUGACUCAUUGGGUUGUCUCCUCCAAGUUCAGCACAUCUAAAAAGGAAGUAGGAGAGAGGACGAGUAACUAUGGAAUGCCAAAGUGAAGUGAGCAAGGCUCCUUCUUUGGCUAUUUGUGAUGUCCAGUCUGACGCAGAAUCAGCCGUCCACACUAGGCCAAGUCUGGACAUUGGGUUUACUACACCACAGAAAUCCUAUAGUGCACCUUUUUGUGGCUCAUCUUGUACUCCAGAGUGUGAUGAUGCCAUCAGACCAGCCAUUGGGAUGACUUUUGCUGAUUUGAACGCAGCCAAGGAGUUCUAUGAAGCUUAUGCACAUCAUGUUGGUUUUUCAGUACGUGUGGGGCAGCAAAAGAUUGUCAAUGGUGUCAUUACUCACAAGCGUUUCUACUGUGACCGUGAAGGUUUCCGUGAAGAGCGGAAAGGUAAGGAAACUUUGGUAGCUAGCACUGGUAGUAAGAGGAGAUAUGAGAGGAAAAUCACUAGAUGUGGGUGCGAAGCUAAACUUGCAGUCAAACGCACGGUCGAGAAUAAGUACAUUGUGACACUUUUCGAACAGGAGCACACACACACACUUGUAUCACCCAGUAAAAAACAAUUCAUCAGAUCAAACAGGAAAGUUAGCCAACAAGCAAAAACUACAUUAUGGAACUGUCAUAAAGCUAGCAUUGGCACAUCCCUAGCAUACAGGUUCCUUCGUGUAGACUUGGGGGGUUUUGAGAAUGUUGGCUGUACAAAGAGAGACUUGCAAAAUCACCACCGAAACCUUAGGUGCCUCAUCAAGUCAUCCGAUGCUCAAAUGUUUGUUGACCAGCUUGCUAGAAAACAUCUUGCAAAUUCAGGAUUUUAUUUUGACUAUGUUCUUGAUGAUAAGGGCAGACUGGUACAUGUGUUCUGGGCGGAUGCCACAUGUAGGAAAAAUUAUGCUCUAUUUGGAGAGCUUGUGUCCUUUGACUCCACGUAUAGCACCAAUCAAUAUAACAUGAUAUUCACCCCCUUUACUGGAAUCAAUCACCAUAAGGCAAGUGUUUGUUUUGGUGCUGCAAUGUUACACGAUGAGAAGGCAGAUUCUUACAAGUGGUUGUUUCGCACAUUCUUGAAAGCUAUGGGAGGGGUUGCACCUAGGUUUAUAAUAACUGACGAAUGUAGUAGCAUGGACAAUGCAAUAAGGGAAGUUUUCCCAGCAGCCGCACAUAGGCUAUGCAUGUGGCAUAUUAUGAAUAAGAUCCCUCAAAAGGUUGGCCCUGAUUUGAAGACCGAUGAGGAUUUCCAUGAACGAUUAGGUCGGUGCGUGUGGUCUUCUGAAACUCCUACUGAAUUUGAGGAACGAUGGAAAGAAAUUAUGUCAGAGUAUGGGUUGGAAGAUGAUGAAUGGUUCAGUAAAAGGUUCAGCCUUCGAGAAUCAUGGAUACCAGCUUAUUUCAAAGAAAUAGCUUUGUCAGGGCUUAUGCGGACUACUUCAAGGUCAGAGAGUGCCAAUUCUUUCUUCUCACGUAUUAUUGGUUACAAACAUGCUUUGGUUGAGUUUUGGCUUAGAUUUGACACAGCUUUGGAAGAACAACGUCAUAAGGAGUUGCAAGAGGACCAUGUGAGCCUACAUACGAUGCCUGUGUUGAAGACAUCGUGGGCGAUUGAAAAGCAUGGCAGCGAGGUGUUCACGCAUGAGAUAUUUCAGGAUUUUCAACAUGAGUUGCUUGCUGAUAGGGAUCGUUGCCUUGUUGAGAUGAUGGCACAUGAUGGUGAGGUAAAAACAGUAACUAUACAUGAUGGCUAUAAGAAACUAAGGGUGGUAACUUACAACACAACAACCAUGGUAGGUUCUUGCACAUGUAAGUUGUUUGAGACACAUGGUAUCCCAUGUCGUCAUCUGAUCCAUGUCCUAAGAACUGCCCAACUAAAUGAAUUGCCAAAGCAUUAUGUACUCAAAAGGUUUAGAAAGGACUGCAAAACCGAGCCAAUCUUUGACGAGGACGGCAUUCUAUUGGAAGGCAAUGAGAGCAGUUCAAUUGAUCCGGAGAUACAAAAAUUAGCUUCAGAAACAUGUAAGAAGAUGGAAGACAUUUUAGUACAAGCGAAGCAAUCUAAGGUCGGCAUCCAAUUCUUGAGAGAUCAUAUUUUUGCACUUGGAGAGCAAUUGUCUACCCAAGUUCCAGCGAAAAAACAAACUCAAACAGAAGAAUUUGAGGAAUUUUUAGGUUGUUCCAUUCCAAGUGAGGUUCAUAUCCAUCCUCCAAAUGAUAUUCGAUCAAGGGGUAGAAUCAAAAGACUAAAGGGGUACAGGGAUAAGGGUGGAAAGCAAAGACAGAAAGAGAAGAACAAGAACAAGGACAAGGAAAUGCAGCAGACAUGAUUAUGGUUGCUUGGUGGCCCUACCGACUUCUGCAAGUUAUUAGGACUAAAAUUAUCCCAUUGGUAUGUUCUUGUCUAGAGUGAAGGAGCUAUUAGUUGUUGGUGCCACACUUCUGCAAGUUAUAAGCUAGUGUACUGGAGCUAUGUGCUCAAUGACUGAUGUAUAUAAAGGUGUAAAUUUGCUAUCACUGUUACUGACGCGUCUAUUUUGUAAGUGUGUACUGGAGUGAGGCAUUAUCUUGGGUGACUGAAUCAGAUUGAUGUUGCAUAAUCACACUAUGUGCAGCUGUACUGUUUGCCUUACUUAAAUCUAUUCUGGGCAAUGGUCUCAAUUGCUGGAA